GAUCGCCCUUCUCUUCUGCGCCGGCGCGGCGCCCGCAACGAAUCUUGCAGAGAGUAAGAAGGAUCCUCGCCUUUGUCACCAAACCCUUGGUUUCCAGGGAGGCGACAUGGAAGGCGGCGCCGCGGGAGGGCAGCGAGACCGGGAAACCCUGGACGCGGUGCGGUCGGUGGUGUUUAAGCCCUCCGUAUCCUUGGAGGAGAAGCGGUUCCCGAGGGUCCAGGGGUACGACUUCAACCGGGGUUGUGACCUCAUCGGCCUCCUCGAUUCCAUGUCCACUACCGGGUUCCAAGCUUCCAACCUCGGCGACGCCAUCGAUGUCAUCAAUCAGAUGAUUGACUGGAGGCUCUCCCAUGAUGCGCCCACGGAAGAUUGCAGCGAGGAAGAGCGCAAUCUGGCCUACAGGCAAUCGGUCACGUGCAAGAUCUUUCUGGGCUUCACUUCGAACCUUGUAUCUUCUGGCAUCAGGGAGAUAAUUCGGUUUCUUGUGCAGCACCGAAUGGUUGAAGUUUUAGUCACAACUGCUGGCGGCAUUGAAGAAGAUUUAAUCAAAUGCCUUGCUCCUACAUAUAAGGGUGACUUUUCUUUGCCUGGAUCGUAUCUGCGUUCAAAAGGAUUGAAUCGGAUAGGAAACCUUCUGGUCCCUAAUGACAAUUACUGCAAAUUCGAGGACUGGAUCAUGCCAAUUCUGGACCAGAUGUUACUUGAACAGACUACAGAGAAUGUAGUUUGGACUCCAUCAAAAGUGAUUGCGCGCCUUGGAAAAGAAAUAAAUGAUGAAAGUUCAUACCUGUACUGGGCAUACAAGAACAAUGUUUCUGUCUAUUGCCCGGCAUUGACUGAUGGAUCAUUGGGGGAUAUGUUGUACUGCCAUUCAGUGCGGAAUCCUGGUUUACUUAUUGAUAUUGUGCAAGACAUACGAGCAAUGAAUGGAGAAGCUAUACAUGUGGGUCUGAGAAAGACUGGGGUCAUAAUUCUUGGUGGGGGGCUCCCAAAGCACCAUAUAUGUAAUGCCAACAUGUUUCGGAAUGGUGCAGAUUAUGCUGUUUAUGUCAACACUGCACAGGAAUUUGAUGGAAGUGAUUCUGGAGCACAGCCUGAUGAGGCGAUUUCAUGGGGAAAGAUAAAGGGUUCUGCGAAGACUAUUAAAGUUCAUUGUGAUGCAACUAUUGCUUUUCCUCUAUUGGUAGCUGCAACAUUUGCAAGAAAGUUUCAGGAAAGAAACAACAAAUUAGCCUGAUGGGGGUGCAAAAGGUGAUCAUCUUAUUUGGAUUCAAAUACCCUAAUGUAAUCUGCUAACAUCUGCAGAUGCUGUAUUCUUGCAAACCAAAAUUUCAAAUACUAGAUAGCCGAGAGUCUACAGAGGGUCCUUUCAAACUCUAUUAAGUUACCCUUAUCAUUUUGCUCAUUAUGUCUGGCUGGCUGCUGUAGUUGUAUGUUCUGGCAGCCUCUUUCUUGACCGACCAGAGAUGAACAGCAUGAAAUUUUAUUAGCGGCAGGAGAAUGUAAGAGAGCUUUUUCAGGUAUAUAUAUGUAUCAAUUUUAUAUUCCGUA